AUGUUGGGACGGGGAAGCCAGAACGAUGAUUUGUGGACUCGGAGAAAAGGAGUGCCAUCUGCAUCGGCUCUUCACACCUCAUCUGAAGUAGGAUUUUCUUAUUGUGCUUUCUGCAGCAAGAAACACAAGUCUGAGAAGUGCUGGGAUAUCCUGAAGCUCACUUUGAAGGAACGUGAAGAAAAAAUCAAAGCUGCCCAUUUGUGUUUCAAGUGUUUGAGAAGCACAGAAAAGGCUAUGGAAAAAAGUGUGAGUGAUCAGAAGGUUAGUGAUAUUGUAGAACCUUCUGAAAAUUGCAGUCCCCAAGUGAAUCAUACAGCUAGAGUUAAAGUGUUUGGCGAGUCAGGUGCUUGUUGUGAAGCCACCUUGUUGUUUGAUACAGGCUCUGAUAGAUCUUAUGUGUCCAGUAAUCUUGUGAAGAAAGUUAAGCCCAAGUGGGUGAGCUCAGAACCUGUGUCAUAUGCUGCUUUUGGAGGUAGUAAGUCUCCUCCAGGUAAACAGAGUAAUAUUUUUGACUUGCAAUUAGUAGGUUUACAUGGUGCAAAACAUUUAAUGGCUUUAGAGAUUCCAAAGGUUUGUGCACCAUUGACUAGACCCUGUAUUCCUAGUAAUUUGGUUGAUGCAUUUUCUGAUUUUCAACUUGCUGAUGAUUACAAGAAUAAUAGUCACCUGAAUAUAGAUAUACUUGUAGGUUUGGAUGCUUAUUGGGGAUUUAUGGAUCCUGAAAUUAAGCCACAUCAGAGUAAUGGAUUAGUAGCCCAAAAGCCUGUAUUUGGUUGGGUGUUAUCUGGUUCAUGGAAGGUUCCUACUAACAAGAACUAUGAGUCUACACAAAUGUUGUGUAUAGGAAAUGUGACAGAUUCUGAUUUGCGUGAGUUUUGGGAUUUAGAAUCUGUUGGCAUAAGUCAAAAGGAAGCUGUUCCUAGCCCAUUUACCUCAGACCCUGUUUUGAAGCAAUUUUGUGAAAAUGUUAAGUUUGAUGAGGGACGCUAUGAAGUAGGCUUACCUUGGAAGUCGGAUGACUGCAAGAAGAAUCUUAUGAAUAAUGAGGGAAUUGCUAGGAAAAGGUUGCAAGGAUUAGAGCGUAAGUUAGAUAAGGACCCAGAGCUUCAGAAACAAUAUUCUAACGUGUUUACUGAUUAUGAACAAGAGGGAAUAAUUGAAGAAGUCCCUUCAAGUGAAGUUGUAAGUUCUCAGCCUACAUAUUAUAUGCCUCAUCGUCCAGUUGUCAAAGAGAGUAGUUCUUCAACUAAGGUCAGACCAGUUUUUGAUGCUUCUGCAACUAGUUAUAAUGGCACUUCUUUAAAUGAUUGUCUUGAGUCUGGUCCUUCACUUAACGCUGAUCUUGUGAAAGUAUUGGUUCGUUUCAGAAAGUGGAAGGUUGCAUUGACUGCUGAUAUUACAAAGGCAUUCUUGCAGAUUUGUGUUCGGCCAGAAGACCGAGAUGUUCAUCGCUUUUUGUGGGAAUGCAAAGACUCCAUUAGAAUGCUGAGGUUUGUUCGUGUUCCCUUUGGUAACACAAGUAGUCCAUUUUUGCUAAAUGCAACCAUUAAAUACCACUUACAGUCUUAUCCUGAUACUGAAGUAGUAAUAGAGUUAAAGGAUAACCUUUACGUAGAUGAUUGGCUGUCAGGGGCGGACACUGCUGAGGAAGCUUGUGAGAAGUUUAAAGAAGCUCAAAGUAUUUUGGCUGAAGCUGGGUUCCCUCUUUCUAAAUGGCACUCAAAUUGUAAAUUGUUUGCCACAAAGUUUAAUGAUAAAAUUGAUCAUGGUGAUGAACAUGAAUCCACAAAGGUUUUAGGUAUGAAGUGGUUAUCCUUGUCAGAUCAGUUUGUUUUUAAAGGUAUUGAUUUAGACCUGGAGACACAUUUGGUGUCAACCAAAAGAGCAAUUCUUAGUCUCAUAGCCAGGCUUUUUGACCCACUUGGUUUGAUUAGUCCCUUUGUCAUGUAUGCUAAAAUCCUCUUUCAAGACAUAUGGAGACUUGGGCUUGAUUGGGAUGAGUUACUUCCUAAAGAGGUGCAAAAUAAGUUUCAGAAUUGGGUUAAGAGCAUUGCUGCUCUAAAAUAUUGGAAGAUUAAUCGUUGCUAUUUCCCAGAAAUGUCCUGGAAAGAGUUGUCUGGUGUAGAACUCCAUGCCUUUGGUGAUGCUUCAGAGAAAGGGUAUGGAGCUUGCGUGUACUUGAGAGUUCCUCUUGUGGAUGGAACAUACCAGGUGUCAUUAGUGGUAGCAAGGUCAAGGGUAGCACCUAUAAAGAGGGUCACUUUACCUCGACUAGAAUUGCUUGGUGCUUUACUUUGUGCUAGACUCUUAGAUUUUGUGAAGUCUGCCCUCUGUCUCGAUAAGACUGUGACUUAUUGUUGUUGGACAGACUCAAAGGUUGCUCUUGCAUGGAUAAAGGGUAAUCCUUGUAGAUGGAAGGUGUUUGUGUCAAAUAGAGUUGUUGAAAUUCAGAGUCUUACCUCCCCAUGCCACUGGUACCAUUGUCCAGGUAAAGAAAAUCCUGCUGAUCUUGUGUCUAGAGGGGAGUUAGCCGAACCCCUUAUUAAUUCUACUUUAUGGAUAAAUGGCCCUUCUUGGUUGUCUGAACCUUUAACUCUAAGUGAUAAAGGAGAAACUGUAGAGUUACCUGUUGAAGAAAGUUGCAGUAAAGGAAAUAUUUCUUGUGUAUCUGUAAACUCUCCUAAAAUAUUUGAGUUUGAGAGAUGGAGUAACUUCAAUAAGGCACGUUGUGUGGUGGCUUGGGUAUGA